AUGGUGAGAAUAAAAAGAGAGGGCACUCUCUUUCGCCUUGUACACCUUCGGCAUCUUGAUCUUUCUGACAAUGACUUCAAUUACUCUCAAAUCCCACCUAAGAUAGGCGAGCUUUCACAACUAAGAUAUUUGAACCUUUCUCUGUUCGUUUUUUUUGGCGAAAUUCCACCACAAUUUUCAAAGUUGUCCAAAUUGUUGUCUCUUGAUCUAAGCUUCCAGACAGAUAGUGUAGUCAAUCCGUUGCAACUUAAACAUUCUAAUCUCAGAAGCAUGAUUCAAACAUACAAGAUAGGAAAUGCCCUUCGACUUGAUGAUGUGACUAUUCAGUCCACUUUACCAGACACAUUCACAAAUCUAACUUCGUUGCAAGUACUCUCUCUUUAUAAUUCUGAGUUGUAUGGGGAAUUUCCAAUGGGAGUAUUUCAUUUUCCAAACUUGAAAAUUCUAAAUUUGAGAUUUAAUCCAAAUUUAAAUGGUAGGUUACCUGAGUUUCAAUCUAGUUCACUUACCAAGUUAGAACUAGGUGAGACAGGUUUCUAUGGUACACUGCCAGUAUCCAUUGGAAAGCUUAGCUCUUCAAAAAUCUUAUUGGUUUCCCAGAGUUCGUUGAAAGGAGAAAUAUCCCCAUCCAUCUGCAAUCUAAAAUCACUCCUCCUCCAUCUUGAUUUAUCGUUCAACAAUUUAAGCGGCCAUGUUCCAUCAUGUAUAGGGAACUUUAGCCGAUAUCUAGAAAUUCUGGACUUAAAAGGGAACAAAUUGUCUGGUCUCAUUCCUCAAACAUACCUGAUGGGAAAUAUCCUUCAAAUGAUUGAUUUCAGCAACAACAAUUUUCAGGGCCGACUGCCAAGAGAACUGAUCAACUGUGGAUGGCUAGAGUACUUUGAUAUUAGUCACAACAAUAUCAUUGAUUCGUUUCCAUUUUGGUUGGGAGAUCUACCCGAGUUGAAAGUAGUGGCUUUAAGUAAUAAUGAAUUUCAUGGAGAAAUUAGGUGCUCUAGCAACAUGACAUGCACAUUUCCAAAGCUUCACAUCAUUGACCUUUCUCACAAUGAGUUCUCUGGAAGAUUUCCAUUAGAAAUGAUUCAAAGUUGGAAAGCGAUGAAAACUUACAACACAAGUCAACUACAUUAUGACCCAAUGUCAUCAUCCGCUGUGUACCAAAGGCAACUAAAUGUAUCAGUGCUAAGAGAUAUUCCUUAUUCAUUCACAAUGUCAAACAAAGGGCAUAUCAUGGUUUAUGAGAAGCUUCAAAAUUUUUAUAGCCUGAUAGUUAUUGAUAUAUCAAGCAACAAAAUCAGUGGAGAGAUACCAAAAGUCAUCGGUGAACUGAAGGGUCUUGUUUUGCUCAACUUAUCAAAUAACAACCUUGUUGGCAGCAUACCAUCUUCCUUAGGGAAGCUUUCAAACCUUGAAGCAUUGGACCUUUCUCUCAACAAUCUGUCAGGGAAGAUUCCACAACAGUUGACACAACUCACCUUUCUGGAGUUCUUUAAUGUGUCCUUCAAUAAUCUCGCAGGACCUAUACCUCAGAAUAAGCAUUUUUCAACAUUCCAAGGUGAUUCAUUUGAGGGUAACAAAGGUCUGUGUGGUGAUCAAUUGUUGAAGAAGUGUUUAGAUCAUGCACGACACUCAUUUCCUCCACUUUCUUCCUCUGACGAUGAUAAUGACUCGGAAUCUUUCUUUGAAAUUGAGUGGAAAGUAAGUCUAAUUGGGUACAUAGGUGGUCUUGUCGCUGGAGUGGCAUUGGGAACCUCUUACAGCUCACAGGUAAUUAGGUGGCUUAAAAGGUUGUUUUGA